GUGCCAAUGUGGUUGGCAGGGCCUGGGCUGUGAGAAGUGCAUCCCGCACCCGGGAUGUGUCCACGGCACGUGCAAUGAACCCUGGCAAUGCCUCUAUGAGACCAACUGGGGUGGACAGCUCUGUGACAAAGAUGCAAAUGAACGCAAGGCCAGAUCCUGUAAGAAUGCCAGAUCCUGUAAGAAUCUGAUUGCCAGCUACUACUGUGAUGGCCUUCCUGGCUGGCUGGGUCAGAAUUGUGACAUAAAUAUCAAUGACAGCCAUGACCAGAGUCAGAACAACAUCUCUUGUCAGGAUUUGGUUAAUGGCUGUCGCUGUGUCUGCCCACCUGGCUACGCGGGCGAUCACUGUGAAAGGGACAUCGACGAAUGUGCUGGCAACCCCCGCUUGAAUGGAGGCCACUGUCAGAAUGAAAUCAACGGAUUCCAGUGUCUGUGUCCCGCCGGUUCCUCUGGAACCCUCUGUCAGCUGGACGUUGAUUACUGCGAGCCCAACCCUUGCCAGACGGUGCCCAAUGCUACCAUCGCGCCAGUGACUACUUCUGCAAGGGCCCUGAGGACUAAGAACUGCUCACACCUGAAAGACCACUGUGGCACGACCCCCUGUGAAGAUUUCCUGGUUCCGCUGCUGAGCUCUGUUGUAACAGGGGCUUGGGUCUGUUGCUUGGCGACAGCCUUGUUCUGGUACGGAAGCCGCGGAAGCCCGACAGCCACACUCAAGCUGCCUCCGAGGACAGCACCUCCAGCGAUGUGUGGGAACAGCUGAACCAGAUCAAAACCCCAUUGGAAAGGCUUUUCUUCCUUAACGUUUCUUGCCAAGGUUCCCCAGUGUAACUAUUGGUGUGUUGGGAAUUGUUCUGUAAACCAGGGCAUCCUCAUUCAUGCACCAUCCCGGAAAGCAGGGGAGACAUUCUUGCCUUAAGUUCCGGCUGUGUGAAGGCACAGAGGCCAUUUCCCCAUUAUCGCUACCUAUCUUCAUGCUCAGUGUCUUUUAAUUUCUUUUUAAAUCUGGCUCAUUUUACAUGUGGGUUGAUUAUGUGGAGAAAGACUUUACUAUUCUGACAAUUUCCUCUGGGUAAAUCAUUAUCCUCUCUCCUUCAGACAUUGUACUCAGCUUUUCACACUUUGUGGAUAUUUCACAAGGACUUUUCUCCUGGUGGUUAUGGCAGCCUUUUGUUCCUGAGUUUUUCCUCCAGGAAUUUUUUUCAAGGGAAUCUUUUAAUACUAUUCACCAGGCUUUUUGUUCUACAUUUUCCCUUUGGACUUUACUUCUGCCUCUUGUACCCAGAGUUUUCUCAUGGAGUCUCACCACGAAAACUGGGAAUUCUUCAUUGUCCGGCUCACCAAAUCUCUUUGCACAAGUGCACUCGAAUCCUCUCAGAGCCUGGCUCCAUCUGCACCCUAGAAGAUGAAGAAAAGAGGAGGAUAUGAUACAAUAAAGAAAAGGCUCCUCAUUACUGCUCUUAAAAAUAAAUACAUGGAUUCUGCUGGGUUUAGAAAGGAAAGAGCAAUCAUCCAGGAAGUGUUUGUGCCAGAGAAAGAAGACUGCACAGCCUAGAAACAAGUACCCAUAGGGGAGUGAUGUGGUCAGAGGAGGUCACAGUGUGACUAAAAUCGCUGUUAUCAGCCUGUGAGAAGUCUAUUGUACUGAGUACUUCAGAGUUGUCUGUUUUUACUGGGUAGUAAAGAUGGACAGAAAGCUGGAUUUCUGCCACACACAAUAUGAGUUUCCUUAUUGGCAAAGACAUUCAGGAAAUUCCUUUGCAAGUCCUUUCAUGUUUAGGAGCGUUCAGCCUAGGACCCCACUAGAGAUCCUGGAUCAGUGGUUCAGAACCUUCCUAAUGCUAUUAUUACACUUUAAUACAGUUCCUCGUGUUGUGGUGACCCCUAACCAUAAUGUUGUUUUGUUGCUACUUCAUGACUGUAAUUUUGCUACUGUUAUGAAUCAUAAUGUAAAUAUAUGAUAUGUAGGAUAUCUGAUGUGCAACCCCCCCCCCCAAAAAAAGAGUGGUGAACCACAGGUUGAGAACCAAGGCUGUAGAUGCAAGACACAAACAUGUUCAAAGCCUGGCAGUGAUGCUGAGGAAGUGUGCUUGUUAGUUUUUGUUAUCAGACUGACACAAACUAGAGUCGCCUGGAAAGAAGGGCCCUCAAUGAGGAAUUACUUAGGUCAGAUUGACUCUGAGCAUGUCUGAGUAGGAUUUUAUAGUCUGUUAACUGAGAUGCAAAGACUCAUCCUAAAAUGGGCAGAAUCAUUUCACUGGGGCCUGAACUGUGUAAGUGAAGAAUAGAGCAGAGGAAGAGGCAAGUAGGCAGCAUGGGUCCAUUUGUUUCUCUCUGCCCUUGACUGUGUUUGCAGUGUGACUAGCUGAGUUCCUACUUGACUUCUGCAAAAUGGACUAUAACCUGGGCCUGUGAACUAAAAUCAAUUCUUCCCCCACUAAGUUGCUGUGCCUGGGAACUUAAUAUAUUCAUGAUGCUGAGAUGCCACUCUGUGACACAGGUGUUGGCACCACUCAGAGAGAUGUGAAUGUAAUCCAUUGCAUGUUCAACAUCAGCAUAUUCAUCCCAGAGCAGGAGAUUCUGCUUCCCCUUGAACUCAACUCUGUGUUUUCCCAUCACAGUUUUGCAAAGACAAACACACACCCACUGACUCCAACAUGUAACUCUGUCAACAAACAGCUCCAGAUAGUGUCUUGCUAUAUCAAGUGCUAAUCUUUUAAAUAAAACAAGCUCACUUCGUGA